AAAUGCUAAGCACAUUAAGCUUUCUAAUACAUGGGGAACAAAAUGUGCAACAGUGCCAAACAAUAUCAGAUUUGGAGUGUCUCUAUCUGAUCAAUAAAAAUCAGCCCUUACGAGACUCAAACGGGAAUCCUUUGACAGCUCACGAAUUGACGGAUGAUUUGAAUGAACGGCUGGUUACUCUAAAGCUAGAAGCAUUUCGCCCGGUUGUCUCUGAAGUCCUAGAUCAGCUGGAAGAACAGGAUGAUGCUCUCCACUAUUUUGUGCUGGUCGCAACUUCCCGGUUGUCAGAUGAGGAUUUUGAGAAUAGCUUGAAAGAAGUCUCGUUGUCCCAAAAAUUGAUGGUACGAAUCGAUGGUGAAUAUAAAUACAGAUUAUAUUCAAAACCAAUUGUACGAAAUAACAUUCCACAAUUAGCAUGGGAUAUUUCUCCAGCACUGAGAACACGCAAAGUGGCAGAAAAAGAUGAGAUAUCACCACCAAACAAUACAGCGAAUGUAUAUCCAGUUGAUGAUUGGGGAUUGAUUUCACGGGAAUUCAGAUCUAUUCUCUCAUGUGAAGAGCUCAUUUUAAGUGCUCGAGAAGGCCAAUCAAUCGAAUUUUUUCAUCUUGACAAUCAGGGAUUCUACAGAAAUCUACUUGAUAUGCAUCGAGGAAUCAGUUCAGAUUUAUUUCAAAUCGAUGGAGAUUAUCAUUUUUAUCAAUCCAGGCCGUGUCGAGUUCAAGAAUGGAAUCUGACAACAACUCGAAUUAUUCUUCAAAAGCAUAUAUUCAUAGCGAAUCAACUGGCAGAAGCCAUACAAAAGUUAAAAAAUAUUUUUGUAACUGGAACUGACAAUUCGAUUCGGCUUAUGAUGCAGAAAUAUUUAAUUGAUGAACAGCAGAUUUUCUUCGAAUAUUUUGAAUAUAUAUUUGACGAGUCAGCAAGUACAUCCUACAAUUUUCAAUCGAUCGUUGAAAAUCUGCCCAAAUUGAACAUCCACGAUGCCUCAUGUCGAUUUCAGAUUUGUGAUGACAUAUUUGAAAUCGUUAGCGCACAUUAUCACGUUAUCAGGGAAAUGAUACAAGUUGUUGGGAAUAUUAAUGAUUACAGUCCUAUCCGUCUCAAUGAAAUGUCGUUCACUGGAUCUCAAUCAGCUCCUCAAUUUUAUGCGAAACGAAUGUGGAGAAGGCUGAAUGUUGAAUUAAUUCGAUUCAUUGUGAAUAAACUGGCUGAAAUGCUCACCACUCCCGAUGCUGAACUUAUGGAGCUCCUCACUGACGCCGGAGAUGCCAAGCUUAUCAAAGAUCCUUCAAUUUGGCAACGCCUGAAUCCUUUACAAAUGGAAUCUUCAUUGUGUAUUGAUGAAGAUCUUGCAAAUCGAGUUGCAGAUCUUAUAAUUGGUUAUCAAUUUUUUGUUAAUGAUAAGAAGAGCAAAAGUCAGAAGUUGGAUGAAAAAACAUUCGCAAAGUCAGAUAUUCAAGACGCUGAAGAGUUGGAAUUGUUUGCAAAAACUCCUGAAUUCGAGAUAAUUAUUCAGAAAAUAUUAGAUAGAGUGGAUGUUAACUCAGUAACAGAAGAGUCUGAAGAGUUGACAAUUUGCAUCAAUAAACUUCUCGAACAAAUUCCAACUACGACGCUUGUUGAGAAAUACUCACAAAUAGUUUUGGAGAAAUCAAUCAAAUUUUUUGAGUUCUUAAAACUUUUCUUCACUUCUGCAUAUAUUCACAUGCGACAUUCAACUUUUUUAAAUCGAUAUGUGCUUGAUACUCUGGAACGAGAGAAAAUGUUGAAACAAGGAUAUGAUCCAGUAUUUCUCAGAACCAUCGGUUAUAAUGAACGAAGUACAAAUGAAGAUUCCCUUCUAGUCGUCACUCCGCCAGAACCAUUAAAUGUUUUUGUGUCGAAAAGUGUUACUGACAUUUAUUCCCAAGUGUUCACAGUACUCCGAAUGCUUCACACAGCACUCAAUGAAGUUUUGGAAACUCGAAAUUCUGAGACAUUAACUCGUGAGCCACGUCUUCGAUACGCAUUCUUUCAUAUGAAUACUACGAUUUUUGCAAUCCGAAAGAAUAUGCUCACACUCAUUGAACAAUCAUAUGAGGCAUUUAUGAAAACCUUAGAUUUCAAAAGCAAACCUGACCAACGAAGUUCGCAUGAACUCUUAAAUGUCUGUUAUCGUGCACAUCGGAAAUUUAUUCGUGACGUUGCUGGAGCUUUGAUGCUGAAAUCAAAUGCAGGAACUACUGGUAGAAUCAUUCGUCUUAUGGUUGGAAGUGUUUCCCAGGCAUCAAAUGCUUGUGUAAAUGGAGAUGCAGUCGGUGCUGAAAAAUUCUAUCAGCAAUUUCAAAACAAUCUGCUCAUUUUUCUUGACCAAUGUCGCCUCGAUCAUAUUCGUUAUCCACUGUACAGAAGUUUGGAAAUUGGAAGCGAAGAGACUGAUGGUCGCCGAUCUCUAAAUUCAUCGUAUUCUGAUGAUCUCAGUUGUCGAUCUUAUUGAUUCAUUUUCAAAUUGUUGUAUGAAUAUAUUUAUUAUAUUGUUAUCUCUGUAUUAAGUGACGGGAAGAUUUUUUAUUUUCGAAAUGAAACAUAAUGAUUGUU